AUGGAGGACAAACCGAAAAAGGCUCACAAUGCCCCACAAGCGGGUAAAAAGGCCGAACGUAAAAAGGAAAAGAAGGCCGGAAAGCACUCCAAUGCACCUAAAAAUGCAAAGGCUUUUACUUUCCAAAGCGCAGGCAAAGCAGAACGAGCAGCACGACGUAAUUACGAUAUAGGAGAAAAGAAACUCCAUGUCCCAUUGGUCGAUCGUACUCCUCUUGAAGCACCACCGGUGGUUAUCGCCGUUGUUGGACCUCCAGGUUCCGGCAAAUCGACCUUGAUUAAGUCGUUGGUGAAGCGUUAUACCAAACAUAAUCUCGCCGAAAUCAAGGGUCCUAUUACCGUUGUUAGUGGCAAAAAACGACGAUUGACAUUUAUCGAGUGCGCCAACGACAUGAACUCCAUGAUUGACGUUGCCAAGGUGGCUGAUCUCGUAUUGCUAUUAAUCGACGCCAGCUUUGGUUUUGAAAUGGAAACGUUCGAAUUUUUAAAUGUACUUCAAUCACACGGAUUCCCCAAGGUCAUGGGUGUCUUGACACAUUUAGACAAAUUCCGUAACAACAAGACUCUACGCACGACAAAGAAACGACUCAAACACCGUUUCUGGACCGAAAUUUAUCAGGGCGCCAAACUGUUUUACUUGUCCGGUGUGAUCAAUGGCCGUUAUCCAAACCAAGAAGUACAGAACUUGUCGCGUUUCAUCUCUGUCAUGAAAUUCCGACCUCUUGUCUGGCGCAACACGCAUCCGUAUGUUGUAGCUGAUCGUGUGGAAGACUUGACUGAUCCAGAGUUGAUCCAUCUUAAGCCCAACUGUGAUCGUACAGUGACACUAUAUGGCUAUUUACGAGGUACCAACUUGAAACCCAACAUGCGCAUCCAUAUCCCUGGUGCAGGUGAUCAUACUUUGGCAGAUGUGUCUGUGCUACCUGAUCCGUGUGCCUUGCCAGACAAGGAACGGAAACGGUUGGAUGAAAAGCAUAAAUUGAUUUAUGCCCCCAUGUCGGAUAUCGGUGGUGUCAUGUAUGACAAGGAUGCAGUGUAUAUCAAUGUACCAGGCCAUUUCACCAAAAAAGCUGCAUUGGCUCCCUCUGAACGUCAACAACAACAAGGGGGCGAAAACGGAGAAGAACAAGAAGGCAAUGAGGAGGACAAGGAUGAAGAGGACGUACCCGCUGGCCCGGGUGAAAGAAUGGUCAUGAAUUUGCAGGAUGCUCAAGAUACCUUAGCUGCACAGUUGGAAGAAUCUCACUUGCGUAUUUUCGCCGGAUCCACUCCAUUGCGUGCUGGUGAUGUUAAAAAGCAACUGGUCGAGGAAGAUUCUGAAGAAGAAGAACAAGGAGGUAUAACUGAAUCCAUCGAACAAGACGACGCUGGUCGAAAGCGACGACGUGCAGUUUUCGGUAACGAGGAUAAUAUGGAUGAAGACGAUGACGACGAGGAAGACGACGAGGACGACGAUAUUAUGAUGGAUAGCGACGAAGAACUCGAAGAAGACGAUGUCGAUGAUGAAAAUAUCCCUCAGCGUGGCAAAGCAUUAAGCAAGUUUGAUACACGCAACAUCCCUCGAAAAGGCGAUAAGGAUGACAAGGAAGACAAGACGGACGAGCAGGAUGUCCAGUUUGCCGACAGUGAUAGCGACUUUGGCGGUAUUGAUGAUGAUGAUGACGACGACGAGGGUAUGAUCAACGUCGACGGCCGCAUGGCACAUGACGACGAUAAAGAAUUGUCGGGCGAAUUACGAUGGAAGGCCAAUCUGAAGGAGAAAGCUAGCCAAAUGUUUUUUGGUAACCGCCGCGUCAACUUGAUGAAUCUUAUUUACGACCGAGACGAUUUGACGCCCGAAGCUAUCAUGGAUGGUGACUAUGACAAUGAGAACGAGGACGAUGAAGAAAAAGACGCAGAGGAAGAGGAAUUCUUCACGUUGAAACGCGACAAUAGCGGCAAGGUCAAAGAGGCAGUGGAUACUGCUCGUGAAUCUGUGGAUAUGGAUGACCUUGACGUGUGGGGUGAAGAAGAGAUGCUUGACUCGAUCCGCAACCGCUUUAUUACAGGUGAAGACGACAAUGGUGCCAACGGCGCCGCCGGUGGUGAAGAGGAAGAAGUUUUCGGCGAUUUUGAAGAUCUCGAAAACGGUGAAGGUGGCGAAGGAGCAGCAGCAGCCGAAGAAGAACAGGAGCUGGAUCCAGUUGAAGCCGAACGUGCACGUAUCGCCAAGCGUAAAGAAGAGUUGCGGAAAAAGUUUGAUGAAGAGUAUGAAGGCGAUGAUGAUGAAGGCGGACCCAAGCUGGACUUUUACGAGCAACGCAAGGCUGAGAUUGAUAAGCAGUUGAAUGUCAACCGAGCUGAAUUUGAAGAGGAUGAUUUGCACACACGUGCUAUGGUGGAAGGUUAUCGUCCCGGCAGCUAUGUCCGUCUAUUGAUCAAAGACAUGCCUUGCGAGUUUAUCCAAAAUUUCGACCCUGUCUAUCCUGUGCUCGUGGGUGGGUUGUUAACGUCAGAAGACCAGUUCGGUGUAGUCCAAGUGCGACUCAAACGUCAUCGAUGGCAUCACAAGAUCCUAAAGACCAACGAUCCGCUUAUCUUCUCCAUGGGCUGGCGACGGUUCCAGAGUAUUCCUGUUUACUCGCUCAAUGACGGCACACGCAAUCGCAUGCUCAAGUAUACACCAGAACACAUGCAUUGUCUAGCCACCUUUUACGGUCCUGUACAUACGCCCAAUACUGGUUUCUGUGCUGUACAAUCUGUUUCUGAUAACAAGACGUCCUCGUUCCGGAUAAGCGCAACCGGCGUUGUUGUCGAUAUCAGUCAGUCGGCCGAGAUUGUAAAAAAGCUGAAACUGACGGGUACUCCAUACAAGGUCUACAAGAACACGGCAUUUAUCAAAGACAUGUUCACAUCAGCACUCGAAGUUGCCAAAUUCGAGGGAGCAACCGUCCGGACUGUUUCUGGCAUUCGUGGUCAAGUGAAAAAAGCGCUUGCAAAACCCGAAGGUCAUUAUCGUGCCACGUUUGAGGAUAAGCUGCUGUUGAGUGAUAUCGUUUUCUUGAGAGCAUGGUACCCUGUAAAGCCUCGUAAGUAUUAUAACCCAGUCACGUCCUUGCUGCUUUCAUCCAAGAAUGAGUGGCAAGGUAUGCGAUUGACGGGCCAAGUCCGUCGUGAACUAGAGAUGCGGGCACCACAGAAGCAGGAUUCGGCAUACAAGCCGAUUGAACGCAAAACACGUCGAUUCAAUACACUCAAAGUUCCCAAGUCGUUGCAAGCCGAGUUGCCAUUCGCAAGCAAACCCAAGAUCCCCAAAGCAGCGUCCAAAAAGUCGUAUCUUGCCAAGCGUGCUGUCAUUCUAGAGCCGGAGGAGAAGAAGGUCUUUACGUUGAUGCAGCAGCUGAAUACCAUCAGGAACGACAAGGAUCGGAAACGGAAGCAAAAGGACACGGAGCGUCGUGUGGAGAACAUCAAAAAGAAGGCCAAGCUGGAGGCCACCAAGGCAGAGAAAGAAAAGGAACGAAGGAAGGAGUAUUUCCGCAAGGAACAGCGCAAAUCAUCAUCGGCAGCAGCCAGCAGCAAAUAA